GGGAGGAAGAGGAGGAGGAAGAGGAGGAGGAGGAGGAGGGGUGUCGUUGGGGGGGGCGGAGUGGUUGGGGCCGGCGGCGGCCGCCGCGGCGGCGGGGUCAGUUCUCUUUAGUGUUUGCCGAUGUUGGAGGCGUCCCCGAGGCGUCCCCGGGAAGCAGCAAUAGACAAUGGCACAAGUUAAGAUGCAGACUACAGCAAACCUGUCCGGACCUACCAUGUCCCCUAUGGUGCUACCCCUCCCAGUAACAACUACAAACACGCUGGGUCUGCCACCUGCCAUGAAUGGAUCCAUUUCGGAACCAGCUGCCAGUUGUAGCAGUCCUACUGCUGGCCCCGUGGAUCCUGCUCCCGCUAGCAACUCACCAGACUCUUUAUUUACAGCUCCUCUCCAAGAUAACAUGGCAAACCCCAAAGAGAAAACUCCAAUGUGUCUGGUAAAUGAGUUAGCCCGUUUCAAUAGAAUUCAACCCCAGUAUAAGCUUCUGAAUGAACGAGGGCCUGCUCAUGCCAAGAUGUUCACAGUGCAACUGACUCUUGGAGAACAGACGUGGGAAGCUGAAGGAAGCAGUAUUAAAAAGGCCCAACAUGCUGCUGCUAGCAAAGCAUUGAAUGAAACUACCCUUCCCAAGCCAACUCCUAGACCACCCAAAAAUAAUGUUAACAAUAAUCCAGGCAGUAUAACUCCAACAGUAGAACUGAAUGGUCUGGCUAUGAAAAGAGGAGAGCCUGCCAUCUACAGGCCGUUAGAUCCAAAGCCAAUCCCCAAUUAUAGAGCAAAUUAUAAUUUUCGGGGCAUGUACAAUCAGAGGUAUCACUGCCCAGUGCCUAAAAUAUUCUAUGUCCAGUUAACUGUUGGCAACAGUGAGUUUUUUGGUGAAGGAAAGACUCGUCAAGCUGCUAGACAUAAUGCUGCAAUGAAGGCCCUUCAAGCUCUCCAGAAUGAGCCUAUUCCAGAAAAAUUACCUCAGAAUGGAGAAGCAGGAAAAGAAACAGAAGAAGAUAAAGAUGCAAACAAGUCUGAGAUAAGUGUAGUGUUUGAAAUUGCUUUGAAGCGCAAUAUACCCGUCAGUUUUGAGGUGAUUAAAGAAAGUGGACCUCCUCACAUGAAGAGCUUUGUUACACGAGUUACAGUAGGUGAAUUCACUGCAGAAGGAGAAGGGAACAGUAAGAAACUCUCCAAGAAACGUGCUGCAAUGUCUGUCCUACAAGAACUAAAGAAGCUUCCUCCUCUUCCUGUUAUUGAAAAGCCAAAACUUUACUUUAAAAAACGUCCAAAAACAAUAUUAAAGACUGGACCAGAAUAUGGUCAAGGAAUGAAUCCCAUUAGUCGUCUGGCUCAGAUCCAACAGGCCAAAAAGGAGAAGGAGCCAGAAUAUGUUCUUCUUUCAGAGAGAGGAAUGCCUCGCCGUCGAGAGUUUGUUAUGCAGGUAAAAGUAGGCAAUGAGAUUACUACUGGGACAGGCCCAAACAAGAAAAUAGCUAAAAGAAAUGCAGCAGAAGCAAUGUUGCUACAGCUGGGUUACAAAGCCUCUACCCCUCUUCAAGACCAGACAGAAAAGCUUGGAGAAAACAAGAGUUGGAACGGCCAGAAUGUUGGGUUUCCUGAGCCAACAAGUAACACACCAAAGGGAAUACUCCAUCUCUCUCCUGAUGUUUACCAAGAGAUGGAAGCAAGCCGCAACAAAUCAGCCCCUGGUACCACUGUAAGCUAUUUGUCGUCCAAAGAAAUGAGCCAGACUUCUAGCUCUUUCUUCAGCAUAUCUCCUACAACAAAUAGCACAGCUACGAUUGCCAGGGAACUUCUCAUGAAUGGAACAUCCCCAACUGCCGAAGCCAUAGGUCUAAAAGGAAUAUCUCCUGCUUCCCCCUGUCCUGCAGUGCAGCCUUCAAAACAGCUGGAGUAUUUGGCAAGGAUUCAAGGCUUUCAGAAUCAUCUAAGUUGGAAAAGACCUUCGAGAUCACCAAGCGCAACAGUCAACCUGACCUACCAAAUCCCAUCACUAAGCCAGGCCCUCAGUGCCAUUCUUCUCGGGUUAGAAAGCAGCAGCUACUUCUCUUUGCUUCUUUCAGCCUUUCUCCUGGCUCACUGCUUUGCAUAAGGUGACCCCCCCUCACACACACUGUGCCAUUCAUCUCCACUCUUCCUCGGUAGUUAUCUACUGAGCUUACUCUGCACAAGUUAUAGCUAGAAGUUAAAUCAUUUUGAGGUGAUUUUGUUCAACUGAUCAUACAUCUGGGGCAAAAUGAAGCUGAACCAUGGUAAACUGGAAUAAAACAAAAGCUUACGUUCAGUGAGUUGUGAAUGCUGACAUGAUUUUCCUCAGAGACUCCCCCAGAUGAGUUCUUAGGAAAAAAAAAAAAAAAAGUAAAAUGUACUGUUAGGGGGGAGGAUUCGAUGUAUUCAACCUAUUAAAAUGAAUAUAAUUGCGAUGAUAGUGUUAGUUAAUUGUCAGAGAAAGUACAAAGUUCCCUGCAGAUGAAUGAAAAGGUAUGUUUUAGAAAGUGUCCCCAUAAAGCCAUUCAUGAAGAGUAUAGCAAGUGCUAAAAACUCAAAUGUAAACCCAGGUGAUCCUGUUCUGUCCUUGAGCCUGUCAGUUGUACAAAGGUUUGCGGACAUCGUCAGAUUGGAACUGGAGUUCAAGCAAAUGGUCUGGUGCCAGUGAGUACAAAAUUCUCACGGCUAGUUCAAAUUGAGAAAUAUAAACAAUAGUUAAAGGACGCUUUUGAAAUUAUAAUAUCUGUCUUUCUGGCAUGAUUAAUGUAAAACAGAUUUGCAGGCUAUGUUGGCAAACUGAUUUUAUAUAAAUGCUUCUUUGAAGAUAAUCAUAUCUCCAAAAACCAGGACAAAAUAGGAUUUUAAAAAAUGAAGGAAGGCCGUUAAAGCAAUUAGUGCUCCAUCCAUAUAAGUAUUCAUGAAACCCCUUGGAGCAGCUCAAGAGUGUUGCUGUAUGUUGUCAAUACAUGCUGCUGCAAAAGCCUUGGAAUUGGGUUUUUGGUUCCUGUCCCAGUUACUUUAGGUUUUAGUAAAGUUUAUUGGCACUGUACUUGCUCGUUGGUCAGAUCAGUUCCUGUAAAAUGAUGCGUGGAAUGGUGUUGUGCUGUGUUGUCACUGAAAGCAUCACAAUCUGGCCUUUUGCAGAUGGGUGGUAUCUUCCUGUUUGUUUUCCUAUGCCAUGCUUGGUGGCCAGUACCAGAAUCUCAGCAGCAGUGUUUGUCUCUUCCUGGCAGGAAUUAUAAACACCUAUUGUAGAGAUGGGUGACAAAGUCGUCAUUAUCUUAAUUUCUGUCUCUUCUGAAUACAUAUUUUUUUCUUCCCUAAUGUGACGUUUGUGCUUUUACCAAUUGCGAGAUGAUUUCCUGAUGUUCAAGUGAAUAAAGGCAUUUAUUGCUGGUUAACCCUGGUAGGCAGCUCCGCCCCACACAGCUGCUCGCUCAUUCUGCUGCUGCAAGGUGGUGAAAAGAAGUGGAAAGUCAAAAGUGAGAAAGUUUGUGGGUUGAGAUAAGGACAGUUUAAUAGGUAAAACAAAGCUACACACAAGCAAAGCAAAAUUAGGAAUUAAAUCAUUACUUUUCCUUGUCAGGCAAAUGUUUAGGUGAAAACAGAGCUUUCUUAGAAAUCACUUGUAAUGGUUAUUUGGGAAGACAAAUGCUAUGAGUCCCACCUUUUCCUGACUUUCUACUCCUGAGCAUAAUAUCAUAUGAUAAGCAGUGUCCCUUUGGUUAUUGGUGUCAGCUGUCCUGGCUAUGUCUCCUCUCAGUUUCUUGUGCACCCCCAGACUCCUUAUUGACAGGGAAGCCUGAGAAGCAGGAGCCCUUGACUUAGUGUUAGCACUGCUCAGCAACAGCGAAAACAUUGGUGCAUUUUCAGCAUUGUUUUGGUCACAACUCCAAAACAUGGCACCACAUUAGCUACUAAGGAGAAAAUUAACUCUAUCCCAGCCAAAACCAAUAAAAUAUCCACCCUCCAUAUCACUUACAGCAUGCUCAGGUCCCAUGGUAUCUAAUACAUCUGCAUUAAGAACUGCCCACCUUCCCAUACUUUGAUAUAUACACAGAUAACAUUCCUUGGUCUAUGGGCCACAUCUGUAAAAUGUCUAUAAAAUUUCCAUUGAGUUCAUUUAGUCCGUGACUUGGGUUCUAUCUGUCACAGUAGUCACUCAGGAAAAGAGAGGUGGUGUGUUGUGUGGAAUUAUUAGAUGCUAAAACCAACUUAGGUCUGGUCACUACUGCACUUGCACAGCAUCUUGUGAGGCUCAUCCUCUACUGGUUCAAGUGGUUGUUGCUGCUAUAGGACUUCCUAUACAUUACAAUCUCCUUCCCUGGUCCCUUUGGACCAGGCUAUGGGGUUUAACAUUGCAGUGAACUCCUCCCCUUCUCAUUGCUCCUGUGUGAGCUUAUCCAUGGGCCAUGGGCCCUUCAGAGUUGUGCCUGCUCCAGCGUGGACUUACCCAUGCUUGCACCGUACUGUGACUGACUCAAGUUCACACUGGAGUUCUGACCUUGCAACACAGGCAUGGACAGCAUCAGUGCACUGGCCACCUGCCAGCCAGGCGCACGACCAAAUCUGUUAUCAAAAUGUUCACAGAUAGAGCCAAGUAAGAUGAUAAGCAGUAAUAAUAUAGAAUAGGGCAAGUGAGCCUUGUGGUAACUACAGGAGCAUGCCUAUUAAUACCUGAACAGCUACAAAAUCAGUCUAGCACACUCUAUUCAAAGCUGUCAUUAUCUCAAAACACUUAUGCCCUGCAUUAGGCACCAAAAAGGACUGUUGUGGGUUAAGUUCAGCCCUAUACAGCCACUCACUCACUCUCCUGCUGCAAGAUGGGGAGAGAAUUGGGAGGGCAAAAGUGAGAAAAUGCAUGGAUUGAGGUAAAGACAGUUUGAUAGGUAAAGCAAAGCUGCACGUGCAAGCAAAGGAAAACAAGGGAUUCAUUCAGUAAUUCCCAUCAGCAGGCAGAUGUUCAGCCAUUUCCAGGAAAGCUGGGCUCAUCAUGUGUAAUGGUUAGUUAGAAAGACAGACGCCAUCACUCUGAAUGUGUGUCCCCCCCCCUCUUUCUUUCCGUCAGCUUUUGUUGCUGAGGAUGAUGCCAUAUGGUAUGGGACAUCCCUUUGGUCAUUGAGGUCACCUGUGCUGGCUGUGUCCCCUGCCAGCCAUGAGGCUGGCAGGGCAGUGUGAGGAGCAGAGCAGUCCUUGACUUAGUGUUAGUGCUGCUCUGCAACAGCUAAAAUGCAGUUUUGGUCACAGUUCUGAAGUACAGCACCGCACGGUCUGCUAUGAAGAAAAUUCCCUCUGUCCCAGCCAAAACAACUGUAGCUUUCUAAAUUUCACUGGCAUUUUUACAGUUCUGUGCAACUGGGCAGAAAUCAGGAAACAGGAGAACUCUCUCAUCCAUGUGAACUUACAGUCUUUGUGCUCCGGAGAAAACUUACACUCUUUUAUCAGGUUAUUUUACUACAAAACUUACCCAUUUGUUCAAGACAACCACUAUUUUUGUCCUAACAGUAAUGGGAAUUAACAGGGAAAGAAGUUUCCUCCCAGCAAGGGCAACAGGUCAGUCAGGAUUUUAUUGAGGAUUUUAGUGGCAUCUGUGAUUUGCACAACACCAGGCAACCUGUUAGCUGAGAAUCCUUCCUUGGCUCUCAGAAACGUGCAGGUGUCCCGCUACACUGAAAUUCGCCUUGAAGUCAAAUGGUUGUGUUACAUAGGUAAGGGCUCCGAGGUCUCCAAACCCUAAUUUGUACGUGACUAGCCAAAAGUAAAAAAACAUGUUGGGAAUGUGAAAUAGAGGGGAGAGAGAAAACAGAACAAGCUGCUAGCAAAAAUGGUUCUUGAGAGCUUCAUGUAAAAAUCAAAGCACCUGGACUUCAUUGCCUUUUUUUUUUUUAAAUCAACUAACUUCAGAGAGAAUGUAGACAGCACCACAGUUGAUGCCAGUGACCCAGAGAAGAUCUUCAAGGACUGAUUUUAUUAGUUUCAAUUUAUUGCAGAAAAGUUUCUGCUGACCAUAGACCAUCUCAUGUUAUCCUACUUUUGACCACAAAGAAAAACAGUGGAAGUCGUUCUGCAAGAGAUAUCCAUAAGCAUCGUUCCCAUAUCAGUUUGCAUAAGGCAAGGAGUGCAAGUUGGGAAAAGUGAGAAUAUUCAGAGGGCAUACUGCAGGAGGUAAAGUUUGCUACGGGAAGAAUGUUUCUGAAUUAACUUAAGAGCAUGCAGAAUUAGAAAAAGCAAAUGCAAAUCUAGCUGCGAGGGGCAGUAAAUUUUCUGACAUGAGGUCUCCAAAUACCUGGCUCCUGGCCAGAAAUCUGUCUCAGCUAGCUCUCUUCUGCUCUGGCCAUCGUUACCUCUCUCCCUCUUACAAGGAAGAAGGCCCUAUAUUCAACUGCUGCUGAAGGUUUGCUCUUCUUGCCUCCGGAAACAAUCCAGGUGUUGCUUUUUCUUUCAGUUUCUAUGAGGAAGGAAGGAAGGUAAAUGGGGAACAUCUAGAUAAUGGCAUGGCCUGCGUCCACAGCUGUAGUGUGUAUAAGACCUUGGUAGCAUUUUAGCUUUUCUUCUCAGCAUCUUGCAAAUAAGAAUUGAAGUCAUCCCACAUGUCCCUGCACAUAACUUAGUCCAUGAAAAACAAAAAAAAAAAGUAUGUAAAUUAUGUUUUUAUAACUAAUUCUAGGUUUUGGGGUCUUUGUGUAUAUGAGAAACUUUGCAAGCUAUCAGGAGCUCUCAAAAUACUGCAGCCAGCACUAAAUGCACCAGGCCUUGCUGCCUGCCAAGAUCUUUUUAAGCAAAUCCUAACGUGACUUGAUAAGUUAGAUGCAGACCGUGGCUUGGGACACAGCCAAAACUGUGAAAGACUGGGAGCUUCAGCCAGCAACAAGGUGAAGGUGCAGCCACAGUAGGCUCAGCUUUAGCUGUAAUAAGGGAACUCAGCUCUGAAGCAAAAGACUUUAAAAAGCAACGAGAAAGGGUGAAGAAGGAGAACAGAGGCGAGUUAUGGUUUACUCCUCUCGCUGUGACUUUCAGAUGAGGCUUUCAGAGGAGUUAUUUUUGCUGUCAUCUUGUUCCAUCCCCUUUAACAUCCAGAGCACAGUGAAGCAGAAUGAUUUUCAGAAGGGGAAUGAUUGCUUCUUGUGCUAAUUAAAGUCAGGUGAUUCUUUCUGUGUAAAGUCAUGUAUCUACAUUCUGCACCCAAACCGUGUUUAUACUAUCGGCAGGUUUGCAGCAGAUUCAGGCAGCUGGUUUUGUACUUGGGGUUUCACAGUGACCCCGUUCCCUGUUCAUUACUGUACAUGUCACGCCAGGGGAGUUUUAGGUUAGAUGUUAGGAAGAACUUCUUUACUGAAAGGGUUGUUAGGCACUGGAACAGGCUGCCCAGGGAGGUGGUGGAGUCACUAUCCCUGGAAGUCUUUAAAAGACGUUUAGAUGUAGAGCUUAGGGAUAUGGUUUAGUGGGGACUGUUAGUGUUAGGUUAGAGGUUGGACUCGAUGAUCUUGAGGUCUCUUCCAACCUAGAAAUUCUGUGAUUCUGUGAUGUUUUGGGCUUUCACAUGCAGUUUGUAAACAGAGAAUAGCUAAUGUGUGCUUAGCUCUUCACUUAGGUGGCAACCUUCAUAAUGAGUGUGUUGAUGAAAACAGAUUUCCACUGAUGCUGUUGCUAGAGCUUUCUUUCAGGCAUGAAGGACUUUCUGUCUUCAAACUGACCAAAUUCCUCGCUCGUUUUAGUCGGCUGUUCUGGAUGGCACCCAGGACACAUGCUCCUCCACACGUGCUCUGCACUAAGCCCUUCCUCCAUGGCUCUGUUAGCAGAACACAGCUCUCAUCUCCCUUGUUUGUAGGGCAUGUAGUGAAAACAGGGGAUCCCGAGGAUUCUUUCGUUGGAAGUUGCAAGUUUAUCAUGUUUCCAUUGACUGUGAAUUACAAAAUUAAUCUCAACUCCUAUCCCUGAACAUGCAGUAGUUAUCUGAACCAUUAUGUAUGAAUGAUGUAUGAAUGGAUCAGGGGCAGAUCAACUAUUUCUGGGGGAAAAAAAUCAGGUGUAACUUAUAUUACUUUGUAGUGUUUUCAUUCCUUAAUAAUUCAUUUUUAAUGAGGUAUUUCUUAUUCUGUUUUUGGAAGUAAUUGUGUUCAGUGUUUUUAACUCAUUGCAGUUAAACUACUCUCUUCUAUGGCUGUGUUAAAUAUUUUAGUUGUAGACUACAGUAGGUGAACAGAAGAGCAAGGUGCUCUUCAACAUAGUUGUGUUUUUUGGAGAAAGCUAUGUCCUAUCUUGUGAUUUCAGUUUCCCUAUCAGACAAACAGCUCUCUUGCUCUUUUGCACACUAGCCAUUGAAAAUAGGGUUGCUCAUUUUAUGUGUGCUCCGCAGGAACACUGGCCUUACAAAUACAAGUGCAUACCUGGGUUAAGGUUUAACUGGGAAAAGGUAAAGAGUAAGUACCUUACUGUACUGGUUAUCUCACAUGCUGCUGCAACAGCCGUGCUGUUGGCCAAUUUUCUUUUAAUUAGAACCAAACAUCACAUCCAGAGGUAGGACAGAGCUGGGUCUCCCUUGCCUGACUGAGCAUGAUAUACAGCCAAGCUUUCCAGAUCCCCUGCGCCACUGAAAACAGGAGCUUUGAAUAUAUAUAAAUAACAUAAAAUAAAUUAUGUACAAGCUUUUUUGGCUCAGAUAAACUGAUUUUGCAUUUAACAGUUAUUUUAUAUAUUCUCUUUGGGAACUGUAUCAAGUUUUUCAGUCUUAUUUGUACUUCACGUGCUUUUAUAGAUGGCAAGUGUCUGCCUUAUUACAGUCAGGAAUGUAAAAUACGACUGCAGUGAACUGUGACAGUCUUUUGUCUGCUUACUGUUAUCUAUUUAUGGUACAGUAAUGGUUUACUUCUUAGUCUAAAACCUCGGAUUGUAUUUUAGGGAAGAUUUAAGACUAUGGUACAGCUGGUAUUCGAGCUCUGUAGGCGAAGAGCAUGCUUGAAUCUCUCAAGAUUUACUGCUGGGCUGUCAGUCUUUAAGCUACUGCGUGUCUUCCCCCUUCCUUGCAGUAGCCACAAUGGAGACCUGGCCCACUGCUGUGAAGCAGACACAGCGAUUGAUGAACCUGAGGCGCGCUAAUCAAACAUAUGUUUUCUUGACACAAUGAUUGUGUUAUAUAUCACAUAUGAAUGUACAGGCCUUUAUCUUUCCUUAAUGAUCUAGCAAGGGGUCUUUCUUAAAUGUGGGUGUUUUUCAUGCGCUCCUUAGAUUUGUUCCACAGGGGGUGACCAUUAAAAACAUCUGACGGGCAUGCAGUUAGCCAGCUCCCCGCUGAGAUUAGUAAAAUACUAUAUUUAGUAGUCGCACUACAUCAAGGAACUCCAGCAUUGCAGGAAACAGUUUGAUUCAAUGCUUUUUUCUGAUUUUUUUUAAAUUUUUAUUUUAUUUUAUGUCUGAUUUUUUUUUUCAUCUGGGACUUUUUUUUCAUCUCUACCUUUUGUUUUGUUUUGUUUUGUUUUGUUUUGUUUUUCCUUUUAUAUAUAUCUAUAUAUCUAUGCUUCAACAUUUCCUAAAAGUCUUUGUUCAUGCAAUGGGAUUUUCCCCUAAUUUUAUUUUGUUGUUUCUGUAUUCCUCUUCUGUUCUGCUCUUACAAAUAAAAUAUAUGGGAUUGUAAAGCAGAUAGUAAGAAAGCAAUGUGAUAUUCUGAAUCUCUGUCAUGGUACUCUGUGUCUGAAGAGACUAAUAUAUUAUUUUGUGAAGAGAAUAACCUGUUGUUUGUUAGGAAAGCUCUGCAGAUAAUACAAGGAUUCACACGUUUAAGUACUAGAAUACUGUACUGUGUAAGCUUCUGAACUGACUUUGAAAGAAUGGUUUGAAAAUAACAAGUAUAUUUAAAUUAUUUUAUCACCAAGAGUAUUUCUUCACUGAUAAAUAUGCAUGAAAUAGUUUGACCACAAACAGGAUUGUUUAAAUUUUUUAUAUGAGGUCAUAUGACUACCAGUAGAUGAGUAACAGAGAAAGUAAGCUAAAGUAAGAUCAAUAUGGCAAAGAUAAGUGUUCCACCAGGAAGCUAAAGGAACAAAAAUUUUCCACAAGGCUGCUGUCCAAGUCAGGAUUACUAUUUUAGCAUCUGAUUUUAUAGUUCAUAUAGUUUGUUCGUAGCUGUAAAUCCCGAGCAACCUGUGUAAAAUCUUUGAAAAUUUUCUGUAAAGUCAGGAGUAAAUUUAGUGCUUUAAGGGGCAGAUUUAAAGGAAUACCAUCCUUUGUUCUAACAAAAUAGUCCCAGCUUGUCAAUCCAGAAGAUUUGUGCGUUGCUGAACAUAAUGGCAUUUUAUUACCUAGUUUAUUUCUGUCUAGCAUUCUAAGACUCCUGCUGAUGCUUUGACUCGGAGUAGUUUUUGGUUUGGAAACAUGAACUCCAGUGUCACAGAUGACUUCUUUCUUUUGGUAAUUCAUAUUAUUUUUUUUUAAGUUAAUAAAUGUUCAAGAAAGAAAGUGUUUGGCCAGACAGAAGUUGCGUUUCAAACUGUGAACAUCUAAGCAGCAGUGUGUGAAAAUAGUAGCCUUUAUUUUGUCUCCCUUCAGUCUCCUGUUAAUGCACAGUUAGCUCAUUUCUAACAGUAAUGUAGUACAUUGCAGUUGAGCUUAACUAUCAUGUGGUACUGUAGCCAGUCUCUCACCUUCCUUGGUUGUGAGGCAGAAAAAAAAAGUCCUUGUUUAUGCAAAAGGAUGGAUGCUCAAAUUCAGAAGUGUCCACUUAGACCAGGAGAGUAAAUGUAUCUACAGAAUAAUUUAUGCAGAUUAACUCUGGGCAUUAUCUAAAAUUGCAUAUUGAUCUAGUGUUACAAACUAGCUUGUUGCAAGACAAAUCCUGCAAUUUUUUUUGCAGUUUCUAUCAGAACACUUACACAUAAUGAAUGAUAACAAAGUAAAGCUAGAUUUGAGAGACAUGGAUUUAUAUAAGUACAAAAGAAAUGGGAAAUUUCCUACUUUGGGAGCAGUGUUAUGAUAGAAGUAGCCUUAACUAAUACUUACAGUAGUUUUAUACAGUACAAUUUAGUUUUCUUUUAUAAAAUAAUAUAUGCGGUUGAGAAUUUUGGCUAUGCCAUUCCACAUUCAGUUGUGACAUUGUAAACAUUCAUUUUAUAUCUUUCUUUAUGCAAAGCUAUAAAUGUACUUUAAAAUAUUUCCAUCUCUACAGUAAUUUAAAAUAUUAAAAACAAGGGCCAAAUUUCAACAUAGUUGUAAAAUGUCUUCAGAUCUUCACAUACAUUUCUAUAUGCAUACAGCAGUUAGUAGUACCCCUGCAUACAUACUCAUGCCAUACAGCUCGUUCCUGACUGAAGUAAUCUCUUUAAAGGAUAUACAGUUGCAUCUCCUGAGAAUAUCGAACAUAAAAACAUGCAUGUAUGAGUAAGUCCACAGCAUGUGCUUGUGGAAAAACAAGUCACCUAAGAUUUAUUUCAUUGUUUCGAUGCCUGGGAUGCACUUUGCGUUUUAUACGCAGCGGUUUUGUGCCUUGUCUCCACAGAACAAUGGAGUGCUGUGUUAGGGGUUCCUGAGCGGGUUAUACAUGAUUUAUCUCAGAUACUAGCGGUGUGCAGUUACCCAGGAGAAAAGCGAGCAGUGCCGUAUGCUUUUCCCAGUAAAUGGGCAGGCUCUUUUAGAGUUAUUGCCAGGAUCUUGUUGUGGCAGUGCUUGGUACUGUGUAGACAUACCUCUGAACAGAACUGCAUGUAAAUCCCUCAUAACAGGCUGAGGCUGGAUUCUUGAAUUUUACUCAGAAACUUGCACAACCCUUACUGCAGACAUCAAUAUGUUGGCCAUUAUUUUCUAACCAAAUUGUAAUGCUGUUCUAUUAAAAAAAAUAAUAAUAAAAAAAUCUCUGCUUAUAUGUUAUCCAAAUAAAACAUUCUGAACUUUAA